AUUUUUGUUAUUUUUUUUUGUUAUCAGGGUGAUGCAGUACACAGGAUUCGUUUGGCUCAUUUUCUCGAGCCUGUUCGUUACGCUUCGUGGGGAGUUUUCAGCACAAGACGAGGAAACUCUCGGACUCAACUAUACUACUCUUUGGGAGCUGCUCAAAUUCCAGACGAACCCUUACCUUCAAGAUUUGCAAGGCCACUGGUCUUUCAAUGACACGAUAGAUAUCUCGAAGUACGAGGAGUUCGACCAUACCAGGUUUCAAGGUAGCCCAGAGCUUUCACUGGACGAGCUGGUCCAGAAGGUGAAGCAGCUGCAGAGGAGCAACAAAAGGAGACCGGAGCCGCCGAGGACCACCCAACCUCCGGAGGAACUUCUUGUCUUCGACACCAGCAUGACGACCAACGUCACCGCACAGCUCGGAGGAACCGCCUUCCUUCACUGCAGGGUGCGCAACCUCAAGAACAGAGCGAUAUCUUGGGUGCGAAAGAGGGACUGGCAUAUCCUCACUUCUGCCAUGUUCACCUACACCAACGACGAGCGGUUCCAAGUCCUCCACAACGAAGGCUCCGAGGAGUGGGUCCUCCAGAUCAAGUACGUUCAAAACAGGGAUAGCGGGGCCUACGAAUGUCAGGUUGCCUCAAGCAGAGGUACCCAAAGCCAGCUGUACAACCUGGAGGUAGUGGUGCCAACAGCUGACAUCAUAGGAACAGGAGAGAUUCACAUAGGUCAUGGUAGUGAUCUCACACUUGUCUGCGUCAUCGAAAAUAGCCCAAGCCCUCCGCAGUUUGUAAUGUGGUACCACAACGACAACAUGAUCAACUACGAAGAAGAAGAGACACAGAUGAGGGUGACAACUGAGAGCGGCGGUGAGAAGACACACUCCAAGCUCGUCAUUUCCAGGGCUAGUUCCAAACACUCUGGAAACUACUCCUGCAGAGCCAGCAACACUAGGCCUGACUCGGUAUAUGUCUUCGUGUCCAAUGACCACUCUAUACUCGACACUAAAUUAAAAUCUCUAUCCUUCUCCAACAACUCUAUCCUUUGGUUUCAGUCUUUGGUCAGCAGUGAGUAUUCCUUUAUUGCCCGAUCCACUGGUUUCUGA